UACGCCAUGAAGACUUUCCUUUGAGAAAUCUACAGCAUCAGCGGGAAAAUCAGAGUUUACAUCAAACAGAAGUAGAUGCAUUAAGUGCAGAAAAUUAAAUGUAACAGCAAAGUCCAACUGGAGAUAGUGAAGUUUAUGAGCAAAAUGGCAUCUUAAGAAGCAAGAAAAACCUGUGUUAUCUGAAUUUAAGCUUGGAGAGAUGAUUUGACCCUCGCUCUAUGAUUGAAACCGUCGCCAAGGUCAGUGAACGACAAGCUCAGGUUACAGCUCAUCCAGAUUGCGACAUAGUAAAGUGUGCCAGGAGGAGCGACAUCAAAUAUUUCUGGAGAGGAAAGGCGAGUCAAGAAUUCUACUGCUGCAAUUGAAGAAACAUGACCGCAAACAAUUCCUAUGACGAAAUCAUUGCUGACCCUCUCGGACGAACCGAUGUCCAAAUCGGGUUUGAAGUCGCCAUCGCUGUGUUGAUCUCUCUCAUCAGCUUUAUUGGAAAUUCCUUGGUUGUUUACGCCAUUCACCGCGAUCGCAGACUUAACACUAUAACGAAUAUGUUGAUCGAAAAUCUGGCGUUUAGCGAUAUUCUUAUGGCGACAUUGCAUAUGCCAUUUUGGAUCAUAAGUCUUCGUUAUGGAAAAUGGAUCUUUGGCCAUGUGGUUUGUCAGAUGGUUGGAGUCACACAACUCAUUUUUGGAAUUGUGUCACUUUUGACAAUGACUGGAAUUGCCAUCAAUCGAUACUUCAAGGUCGUCAAACGCAAACUGUACAUCAAGUUCUUCUCCAACAGGAAAGCAACGUACGUGGUUAUUGCAUUUUGUUGGUUCGCAUCGAUUGCGGUGAACACGCCACAAUUGUACGGCUGGGGAAAAAUUGACUAUCACGUCAGUUUUUCAGAUUGUACCUGCGUUUGGGCUUUGGAUGAUACAUCAUACAUCAUAUUUUUGUGUGCCGUUACAAUCUUCAUCCCAGCCACAAUGAUAUUCAGCUGUUACUUUGUGAUUUACAGAACUGUCCGUGAGAGCGCGCGUCGUGUGCACGGGCACGCCGCCUUACCGAACGCCACUAAAACCGAAGACAAGACUGAAUACAAAGUUUUGAAAACAUCGCUAGUGGUGGUUUGCGUCUACAUGAUCUGUUGGACCCCACUGUCUGUCAUUGGCUUCAUAGAGGUUUUUGGAUCAAGAAGUCCACGAAUACUUUAUUACCUGGCUUACGUCCUCGUCUACUGCAGUAGCAUGGCGAAUCCCUUCAUUUACGGAAUAAUGAACCCCCAAUUCAAGAACGCAUUCGCUUGUAUUCUGCACAUACGGGAUUCGACUGCUAGUGAAGCCGAGAGAGUGUCAGUAUCGCGAAAUAUGGCUUCCAACGUGGACCUGGCAGUAACGUAUAUUUCAACCACCCAAGCAUACGCAGUGACUGUUUAAACUAGCAAUCGUUACGCUUGUCGAUUUCAUGAAAGAAAAAAUAUGGGAUCAUCCUGACAGUCCAAUAAGUUUUUUUUAGGGUUAGAUUUGAGAAGCACUUUCUCGUAAGCAGACCAGUUCUCUAUUCUGGCUUCCAUGGAAUGGCUACAACAUCACCACAUUUUUCAUUGCUUGUUGUGGAAAUUGCUGUUUAGUGAAACAAGAAUUUUCUGAUAGUUUGGUAGAGUAUACAAACAUCGAGCAAGGACGAAUGAACAAAAUCAGGAACUGUAUGAUACCGAAAACAUUUACAAGUUAGGUAUUUGCAAAGUAAAGCGCUUUUUUCAUUUGUUUUGUUUGUUUUUUUUUUUUUAAUACUUUUGCAAACGAGGCUGAGUUGCGAAAACACCAGUACGGUAAUGAGCUCCGGAGAGACGACUUCUUUUCCACUACCGUGUGCUUCGUUCAUAAGAGCUUUCUUUUAAUCAAUUUAUCCAGCUGAAAGUCUAAAAGGUAAUGUAUAUAUCUCCAUAAUUUCCCUUGCGAUGGAAUGAAAGCAUGUCUUUUCUUUAUGGAUUGCCAGACUUACUGAAGAGCGGACCCGCCAAUAAAACGAUCAAUUAAAAUUCUUUUGAGUAAGAAGAAGCAUUAUUCGUCAGUCCUCAUUCCAGGUCCCAGUAUUACACAAAUCCCCCACCCCUUUCCAAAAGAAGAGCUAGAACAAGCUUAUGUAAAUUCAGGAGUUUAACAUUAGAACAAUAAAAAAUAAGUAAAUAAAUGAAUAAAUAAAUAAAAAGGUGUUAAUUAGCUAGUUAAAACAACGCAUAUAUACAAGAUAAACACAUCGUAUCGUCGUUAUUCUGCUCAAGGCUCGACAGACCAUUCAUGUUAGACUAAAAAGUAUAAAGUAACGUUGGUAGAUAACCAGAAUAUGUAAAUGUUGUACUUGACACAUUUAUUGCUAUAAAGUGGUACCAGAAUUGAUUAUGUCUUACAUUUGAAAAUUUUACUUUAAAAACUUAUAAAAAUGAAUGAGUUUUGUGACAUUUUCAUGUAGCUUAUGCGACGUUGUGAGUAUAUUUUAUCUAAAGUAGUUUACGAUUAGUACAUUAGAAUAUUUAAAACAAAAUAAUCCAGCUUCGCACAUAAGGUACCUGUAAGGCCCGUAUAUAUAUUUUAGGUUAGGUCUUUCAGAAUUCUGAUGAUUUGUAAAGCUCUUAUUACGAUCUUAAUGCUUUGGUAAGAAAUCAGAAGUCAAUAUAAGGGUAAUGUAAAAAGGUUAAAUGAAACAAAAAAGUUCAAAGUGUCAGGCGAUCAGUUUGAGACCCAAUAAAAUCCUUUUUUUUU